ACCACCACAGCGACCAGUCCUCGGCGAUGGCCGCGUCUCCUGCAAAGGGCCCCUACGGCCGCACCUACGACUCCAAGCUCGUCACCCGCGAGAUGCAUCGCCUCGGCAACCUUGCGCAUCUUCCUGCAGGCCUCGCCGGCGCCGCUGCCAUCGCUGCCCCCGCCGUCGCCACGGCCAACAUUCCCGCCCCCGCACCGGCCGCGAGCACUAGCGCUACAGACCCGUGGAGCACCUUACACGUGCACGUCCUCCCGCUCUUCAAUGGCGAGCCAUUGCGCAUCCCCAUCGAGGACCUCAACGUCCUCGUCAAGCGCCAUAUCCAGACCGUCGUCUCCGCCGCGCCUUCCAAGGCCUUGACCACCUUGGAACAUGACCUCACCGAACUCAUCGCCUCGGGCAUGGUUACCCUGAACGCGAAACUCGUGGGCGUUGACGACGACAAGCUGCUCGUCCGCGUAGUGGAGAUCUGGGGCUUUUUCUGGGACCAGGUCCUCCCAUACGUCGAAGGAGUCCUCCUACCUCUCCAAACCGACCCUCUUCUGUCCUCCCUCUACCGUACACCCAAGCAGACCAAAGCCUCUCAAGUGCACCGCACCUCUUCUCCGACGCGCCACCACCAAAGCACCGGGUCUGCCUCGAAUCUCAACUCCGGCAACCUACCCUCCAUCGACGUCCGCACCGCCGCCCUCCGCGCCUUCCGCGACCGCGUCAUUGCCCCGCUUGCCCCGCGUCUUCACGCACGCAUCCAGGCCCAGCGCGACGCACCUCUGGCCAGCCCAUCCUACCAACAACCCCGCCUCCAACAGAUGCUCCUCGUUCUUUCCUCACAGGCCCGCGCUCGUCCGCAGAACACCUUCAGCGUCCUCACCGCACCACCGACACCGCCCUCCCCUGCCGAGUCUGCCAUCACAGACCUCCUUCGCGCCCUUCGCGCGCCGCACACCCACGCGCACCCCACCGCCGCCGGCGCGCCGAGCUCCUUCCUCGCCGGAGGCGUUCCGCGCGACAGACGAGGCCGCGUCGGCCGCCGUCCAGGGAACUGGCAGAACCUCUCGCUUGACGGUGCCGACGACACGGCCACCAUCAGCGGCCUCACGCCACGCGGUGACCGCGAGCGCGAGUUCCUGGACUCCCUUCGCAGCCCGGAUCCCGAGCCAGACGUGCGCGCCAGCGUCGGCGGUUGGGGUCUCGGCGGCGGCAAGGAAGAGAUCCGCGGGAUGGAGGAGGACGAUGAUGAGCCGAUGGACUGGGAUUCCGCGCAGGCUGUCGUCGAGCGGAUGGUUGGGAUGAACGCAUCGACGCCGACUGAGGCAAGCACUCGUCGAAGGCCGACCUAACACAGUGAAUAGAAGUUUCCGGUCUCGACUUGCGUAUCCUAUGCGUAUCCUACAUCGUACUAUACGUUGCUUACGAGUUUAAUGAUACUAAUGACUGCAGUGAUGAUUAGUUUUGUGACCGGAGGCAAAUCCUUUGUUUCUGUUUUAGGAAGGCUUUGCUGCUAAACCAGGCAAUCGUCCGAACUGGCGACAGCCUGCUGCCCAAUACAAGCAUCGACUGACCGCGCA